CUGAAAUAUUCAAAAUGAUCCCAAAUGGGUAACCCAAAGCCCUGGUUAAAACGAAAGCUUUGGAAUUAAAUAUUGAGAAUCUUAUCUUCCUCUGGUUUAGUUUUACAUUUCCGAGCAAUUGUUGGAGAGGUCGUGUUGAAUAGUUGUGGAGGAGGAAAACAGAGAGAAGCAUUUUCUUCCGAUCAAUCAUCAUCAUCAUCCCCAAAUCUCUCUUCUUCUUUUUUUAUAAUUCUCCCUCGUUGUCUUCUUGAAUCCUGGUCAAAUUCUCCAAUCUUGAAUCUUGACAAAUCCAUGGAUCAAAAGCCUCUAGGAUUGCUAACAAUUCAUAUCAAAAGAGGUAUUAAUCUCGCCAUUCGUGACCAUAGAAGCAGCGAUCCUUAUGUUGUUAUCACCGUCGCCGAUCAGACAUUGAAGACACGUGUGGUGAAAAAAAACUGCAAUCCAAUAUGGAAUGAAGAAAUGACCGUUGCAAUCAAAGAUCCCAAUGUUCCAAUCCGCUUGACAGUGUUUGACUGGGACAAGUUCACUGGAGAUGACAAAAUGGGAGAUGCUAACGUAGACAUUCAACCAUACUUGGAGGCUCUGAAAAUGGGGAUGGAGCUUUUGAGGCUCCCUAAUGGAUGCGCUAUCAAAAGGGUUCAGCCAUCGAGGGAAAACUGUUUAUCAGAUGAAAGUAGCAUUGUGUGGAACAAUGGUAAAAUCACUCAAGACAUGAUCCUUAGGCUCAACAAUGUUGAGUGCGGCGAGAUUGAAAUCAUGCUUGAAUGGCAUGAAGGUGCUGGUUGCAGAGGUGUGACUUCCUCUACCAAGGGAGCAGGCUCUUCUUCCUUUACCUAGGAAAUGUUUUGCCCUUGUUGUUGUUUCAUAUGUAUAAGAGAGAUGAAGCAUGUUUUGUUUGAUGACCAUUUCAUUUAAGAAGAAAUCUUAAGAAUAUUUGUAUUUUGAGUAUUGCAGUUCCUGUUUUUGAUC